GCGCCCACGGCGGGAUUCCGAGCAAGAUGGCGGCGCCCGUGGAGCGGCUGGCCGGGGUGUGUGCGGAAUUGGAGCAGUGGCUUGGGGAGGAAUCCGGGCAGAGAAAUGACUGGGCGGAGGGGGAAGGGAUCGUCUGGCGGCUCAGCGAGUUGUUUAGGGAAGCGCAGUACCGAAACGUGGGCUUGAUUGAGGAAUCUGUUCGCUUAAUCCAGAUUUUCGGUGCUCCCCAUGUGCUUCAAGAACCUGCCUUAGUAGCUUUUCGUUGUGGCUUGCAAUUCCUCGGCAACACUGCAGCCGGAAACCGGGAUUCCCAGAAUGCUGUUUGGGCUUGUGCAUUUCCAGAUCUCUUCUUGAGCUGCCUAGUGCACGAUGAUGAGAAGGUUGUAACCUACAGUUCGAUGGUUUUAUUUACGUGCAUCAACCGUGAAAAGGUAUCCACCCUACAAGAUCCCUCAAAGCUCGACGUUGCGCUUAGUGUUGUCACUGCGUACAGUAAAUACCCAGAUGCAGAGUGGAUGUACCUGAUUGUCAUGGACCAUUUCCUCCUGUGCCCAGACCUGGUGAAAGCCGUGUAUCUCAGCCAGAGCAGUCCGGAAAGGGUUACACUGUUGGAGCUCAUUUUGGGCAAAAUAAGUCAAAAAGAGCCACUUUCUGCCGAGGAGUCGGAGGCGUUACAGGCGAUAGCGGCAUUCCUGUCCGACUGCUUCCAAACCCAGUGCAAAACUAUAUUAAAACUGACAUCCCCCUCUGCCUGCGACGAAGAGGAGCCCAUAGUUGUAACCAGACUCCUGGAUAUUCUGUGUGAAGUGACUUCCAAGAAUGAGCACCUUUCCUGUCUGCAGACCUGCCCCGGCCUGCUCGAGGCGGCAGUCGAUAUCCUGCGCCUGACGCAUCUAGCGGGCAAACAGAGCAUGAAUGUCUUCACGGCCGCUCACACCAUGUCCAUGGGGCAGGAUCUGACCCACGCCGCCGUGGGGUUUAAGGCUCACCUCAUCCGUCUUAUCGGCAACCUGUGCUACCAGAAUAAGGAGAAUCAGGAGAAGGUGUAUCAGCUUGAUGGGAUUGCGCUUAUUCUGGACAACUGCAGCAUUGACGACAACAACCCUUUCCUGAACCAAUGGGCAGUUUUCGCAAUUAGAAACCUGACGGAAAAUAAUGACAAGAAUCAAGAACUGAUCGCGAGCAUGGAGCGGCAAGGUCUGGCCGAUAGUUCCCUGCUGAAGAGUAUGGGGUUGCAAGCAGAGGAACGUGAUGGGAAACUUCUCCUAAAGUCGGUCAAGAAAUCCCCCGCCUUGUGAUGUAAAAUGGAAAGGAGGAGGAGAAUGCAGUGAUCCAAAAGGAAGAAGCAAUUUUUGCACUAAAGAAGCAGUAUAUAGGAAAAAUUAAUUCCUCUUAUACGAUUUAAAGACUCUUAUGGCCCUCCAACAUGUCUCAUUCUGUAGGAGGAACUACGAUAGCAAAACAUUUCACCCAAUAGUGUAUGUUUAAAUAAUAAAAGUGCACCCCCAAACAAUGUGCAAUUGUAGAAACAGCGGAAUUUGGUUUCACUUCUCAACUAUCAGUCAUAGAUUGUCUGAAUUAUUGGUCCCAGAGCUAGGCUGCUGAGCAGAAGACCUCUCAAAGGCUUGAUGGUGUACCAUAAAGAAGAGCACCAUGGCCAUCACACCAAGCAAAAGAAAGAUGAUGUUUUUUUGGUCUGGGUUAGUUUAUCCUCUACAUUCUGGUUGGUGGGUAGGGCAAUGCCUUCUCCUUGCCAAAGCUUCACACCCCAGCCCCUUGGGUAGAGUGUUUAUUCUUUAUUACCUUGCAUUCCCACUGGUGUUGAGAUGUCUGAGACUUUGCUAAAUAAUUGUUGUGUUGAGAUGUCGUGUUUUUUUGUUUUUUUUAAAGUUUUUAUUUUUGCGUUUUUCAAUUUAACAUAAAAAUACAAAAAACAGGGGGUAGUAGGGUGAAAGAGUGAGGAAGAGGAAAGAGAGGCUGGUAGAUUGGAACCAGUUUGUCUUCAAUGUUGUGGUAUGCUGUCUGUGGAGUUUUCUGGGGUUUCAUGGAAGGUCAUCCAGGGGCCCCAUUUUGCAUUAAAUUUUUUAGGACAACCCCGUGCGAGGUAGGUCAGCUUCUGGUUGGUAAGGGUGUUGUUGACUAGAGUUCUCCAGAACGGGAGGGUUGGGAGGGGGGGCAAGGAUUUCCUUUGUAAAAUAAUGGCUUUUUUGGCAUAGAAGCUGGAGGUAGCAAAGUCUGGAGUGGUGUGUAAGCCCUAAGUCCUCUGCAAACAAUUGGUGACAGGAUCUGAGGGAAGCUUAGGGCAUCGGAGAUAUAGAACAAUUUCUCUCCAAAAGUCCUGCACAGGUGGACAGCUCAAGAACACAUGCACAGUAUAUGAGCCUGUAUCUUGGUCACAUUUUAUACAGGUAUCUGGGGUGUGGGGGAACAUCUUGGAAAGCCUGUGUGGCGUAAGGUAUACCCGGUUAAAGAACUUCAUUUGUAUGUACCUGUCCGCUAAUGAUAUUGUCAGCUCUGGAAUUUGCUUUAAAGCAUCCAUUUCUCACGUACCUUGGCCAGGGGGUCUGGGUUAGCCUGCCAUAGGUUGGUGUAGUACCAGGAAUAGGGGCUUGAUGAGGUUUUCCCUGCGUAUGUAUUUUUCUAGGGUGGUGUCUUUCAUUUCCACCGGUCUAGUGGCGAACUGGGAGUGAAAAGUGCAUUGUUUGUGGGAUUUGGUGGCUUUCUCUAAGUGCUUGGGAUUGUUUGAUGUCCCCAUUUACUAGUAUAUCUUGCAGUUGUUUAACACCAUAGGAAGCCCAUUGGUUGAUGUUGGGUAGGGAAGUAAAGUUGGGUAAGGGACAGUUGCCCCAUAAUGGUGUCCAACCAUUGGACGUAUUUGAGGGAGAUGUCGUGCCUUUGCUAAAUAAUAAAAGCAAGUGUACCUCCUGGCUACCCCAUAUUAUUUCGGAAGACCUAGCCCUGGAGUACAAGAGGCCCGGCAAUCAGUAUUCAUGACCAACUCUGCAUGCAGAAAUGCAAAGAAUGUUCAUUCUGUAUUCACAAAAACAACAAUCGGUGAGCAAAACCAUCGAUCUAUUUAGCCUGUGGAAAAAAACAGCGGGUACUUCCUUUCCUUUUUUCGUCAUGAUACAAGACACUCUUUCUCUUUGGCACCGGAGCUGCCAAUAGGAUAUGCUAAAGCACACACAUUGGUGCCACGCAAGAAAAGAGGGUUUUGUUGCUCCGCCGAAUGGAGGGAAUAAGUAAAAAAAAAAAACCCAGUGUUUUCUAAAUGGGAAAAUGCGGGUCUUUCAUGGGGAAAAACAUGCCGAUUGCUGCUUUGUUAGUGCCUUUUCAUUCUUUUGGAUGGCUUAAUCCCCAGAAUACAACGGUUCCCAUCCCACGUCCAAUAGUGUCCCAGUGUUUAAGGCUUGUUUUACAUGCAGAAGGAUUAAUACCUUGCCCAAAAAAGAGAGUAAAGCCUUAUUGAAACCUCAAGAAUGAAGAGCAGUAAGAUCACAACUUGGAGCCAUUUUCUUCCUUUCAAAAAAAAUAGCCCUCGUGAACAAAGACCAUCAAUGUGUUGGGGUUGCCUUUGUUUUAGGGACUAUUUGAGAACAGGAAUCUCAUACAAAGUCAUAGUAUCACAAGCUGAGGGGAUUAACCGAGUGCUAGAUAUUGUGUCUGUCCAAGAAACCUCUCAAGCCCCUCAAAAAUACAUAAUAGAAAUCUGCCAUCGCACAUCUUGUGGGCAGAAUCUUCCACAGCCUCAUGGUGAAGAACCAUUUGCGUUGCUUUAUUUAGGUGAAAAUAAAUCAUCCUAAAGAGGGGACUUCUUGUCCUUUGUUCUUUUUUGUGUUGUAUAUAAUGCCCUUAUAUGUAUAUGUUCCCUUGCAAGUUUCCCAUUCUCCAAAGACAACAAACCCUGAAUAUUUGACUGUCUCUUCAGUCUUUCCUUCCUAUAGACUGGUGCCCAAGACUU